CCAAUAAAAAAAAAAAAGUCAAGUCUCUUUCUCUCCAUAGUUCUUAUAAUUGAGCAAUAAGCCAAGAAACAAAAGUCACUUCCUAACAUAAAGUGUCCAAAUGACUCAACUGGAUCGUUCUAGGGUUUCCACGACCAAACUGAUCCUCUCCGUGGUCGUCGACGGUGACUAUUACGGCGGAUCAUCGGCCGCCAUUCCCUUUAACUGGGAGUCUCAGCCCGGAACCCCUAGACGAUUCUUUAAACGAUCCUCCUUGUCAGGUUUCGAUUCUGAUUCUGAUUUCAAUUCUCCGGUUUCAGGUCCACUCACACCUCCUCCUUCUUACUUCUACACUUCUCCUUCCUCAACAAAAACACCCGUAAACCCUAAAAAAACCAACACUCUCUUUGGUUCCUUGCUUCCCAAGAAUCGUAGCUCCCCAUCGUCUCCGGCUUCUUCUUUUACUUCGUCUUCAUCAACAAGGUCACACUCGUCUUCGGUUACGUCUUCUCCAUUGAGGACUUCUGAUUCGUGCAGCAGAAGGAACAGAAGGAGAUCAAUGUUGUUCGACUCUGCUGCGAGUUUAGACUACGGAUCCAAUCAUUAUACUAAUGCUAAAUCUUCAGGAUGUUACGCUUCCAUUGUCAAGAUGUUACUCAGAGAUGUUAAAUGAUUCUGCUUCUUCUUUUUGGAAUCUCUCUCCUAAUUUGUUAUUAAUUUUUCACUUUUUUGUAAUCUCAGAAAUAAUUUCUGAACUAUGUUUCAUCUCAAUGAAUCA